AUGACAGAAACGACAAGUCGGAGCAAAGUGAAGCCAAGGUCAGCUUCCUCCGCCCAUCGACGCCAUAGUCGAAGCAGUCACUCGGACGAAGACACCAAGUCGUCGUUGUCGUCACCAACGUCCACUACCGCCACCACCACGACAACGUCCCACGACAUCCAGGGCCACUUCAAGCAAUUCGCGUCCAAACCAAGGAAUCUUUUAUACGUCGACUACCUGGAACAGAAGUCCGACUCGGACUUCGUUCGCACCCUCAAAUCCAUUGACGAAGCCUCGGUAUGCCCGACCCUUCGCCGGGGCAGCUACCUCGUCCAAGCCAUCAACCCCGCCACGACCGCCACCACAAACUCUUGUCGAGGGCCGCUUCGCGACGGCAACCCCCCUCAACCUUCCGCGGGGGCUGCCUCUGCGGCCAAGACGUGUGUUCCUCUUGUUCGACCACCGAUCGUGGACGUUCGGGUGUGUGUGGCGUGCGCGGACUCGAUCAACCAGGACAACCCAAAGGCCUCGUCUAUUGAAUGCACCCCCGCCGCAGCAGCCGUUUUGCUACCGCCGGCGCUUGUCAAAGCACUGUCGAGCCCGGCAUCAUUCGCGCUUCCCCCAUCGCCGCCUGUGUCCUCCAACUACCAUGGCCACCCCCUCCCUCCCCUGAUCCCCAAGUCCACCGUCCGUCGCCUUCCCUUGCCGCAAUCAGACACGUCGUGGAGCGAUCGUGGCAUUGCGGCGCCUAUCGCAGAUGACGGCUCAGCACAUGGGCUGCGAGUGUGCUGCGGCGACCAAGUGGUGGCGUUGGCCGAAGUACAAGCCCUCGACGAGCAGCCGUGUGUGUUUGUGGUCUUGAAUAUGCACGAGCGGACGAUCGGUUUGCAGACGCCCCGGGUCGAGUCAGACCCGACGCCGCGCACCGACCUACUGAACGUCCACCAUGACUUGAUUAUGCUCGAGUUCCACCACACCGUGUUGAAAUUGCUACUUGCCGACGAAACAACCAAACAUCAUUGUACCCCCCAACGUCGCACAACAUUGUAAGAUCAAGGGUAUCGUUAUAUACUGUAAUAUGUUGGCA